AUGGUGAAUUGCCCUAAUUUUGUAGAAGAAAUAUUGGUGGACAUCCUGCUAAGACUGCCCGUCAAGUCUAUCAUAAGAUUCAAAGCCGUGCAUAGUUCAUGGCUUUCUUUCCUUUCAAGCAAAGAGUUUACUCUUCAACAUCUCCGACGUAAUAAAGCUAAUUAUUCUACAUACAAAUGCGGCUUCAUUCGCGUUGAAGCUAAUCAGACAUUCGGGCAUCCAUCUCUCUCCUUCCGUAAUCUUGUUACAGCGACUGAGGACGGUAACGUUGUAAUAGAGGAGAUUAAAGAAGCUUUCAGAGAGACGGAUUCCGGUGUUAGAGUACAUGGAUCAUUCAACGGUUUGUUACUGGUAAGCAUAAACGGCCACCUCAUACUGUGGAAUCCAUCUACCAUGGAAUAUAAAAGGAUUGAUAUACGCUCCCUUUGUCGUUAUAUCAUUAUCGAGAUUGGGCUAGGUUACGACGAGUUAAACGACAGUUAUAAAAUUAUUUUAAUUCAUGCUCACUUAGAGACAAUUACAAUUGAAGUUUAUAGUAUGAAAACAAAUAGUUGGAAGAAAAUAUAUUAUUAUUAUGAUGAGUUUCCUUAUAUUUUAUCACAAAGUAAUCAAUUUAUUACUUUGGCCAAUGGGAUCCCACAUUGGAUUGUGGCGCGACGGAUUGUGCGGCCAUGUGGAAAUUGUACUAAAAAAGUUGUUUUGCGUUUUGAUAUGAUAGACGAGGUGUUCAAAGAGGUGGUUCUACCCGAAGAAUUGCAAUGUAUUAGCGAAGGGGUUCAAAGUAUCUCUAUGUUGGAUGGUGAUCUUUGCGUAGUAGCAUCGAAAGGCGGCUGGGUGAUGAAAGAUUACGGGACUGCGAAGUCAUGGUAUAAAUUGGACAUUGAUUAUGGUUUUCAUCAACGACAUCUACUUCACUUUCUGCCAGUCGGAUUUUCCAACGACAAGAAUCAAGUUGUUGUGGGGAUAAAUCGAAUUAAAUGGAGAUCAUAUGAACAAGCUAUUGUAAUAUACAACAAGAGCAGCAAUCAGUAUACUAAUUUUGUAAAACUCAAAUCAAAUGUAGUUUCAUAUGUAGAGACCCUUGUGUCUCCAAAUAACUACUACAAUUAA